CUUCCUCAGGGCGGGCUGGGAGUGGGGGGAGUGCUCGCUUUCUUUCUUCUCUUUGUCUGUCGGAGAGCGCGGCUUUCCCGCCGCUCGAGGAGCCCCGGGUGGACAGCCUGGCGGAAGGUUCUUGAUCUCCCACAAUGGGUGAGCCACAGCAAGUGAGUGCUCUUCCACCACCUCCGAUGCAGUACAUCAAGGAGUAUACAGAUGAAAAUAUUCAGGAAGGCCUAGCUCCCAAGCCUCCACCUCCAAUAAAAGACAGCUAUAUGAUGUUUGGCAACCAGUUCCAGUGUGAUGACCUUAUCAUCCGCCCUUUAGAAAGUCAGGGCAUCGAACGGCUUCAUCCUAUGCAGUUUGAUCACAAGAAAGAACUGAGAAAACUCAAUAUGUCUAUCCUUAUUAAUUUCUUAGACCUCUUAGAUAUCUUGAUAAGGAGCCCUGGGAGUAUAAAACGAGAAGAGAAGCUAGAAGAUCUUAAGCUGCUUUUUGUCCAUGUGCAUCAUCUCAUAAAUGAAUACCGACCCCACCAAGCAAGAGAGACCUUGAGAGUCAUGAUGGAGGUGCAGAAACGUCAACGCCUUGAAACAGCUGAGAGGUUUCAGAAGCAUCUGGAAAGAGUCAUUGAGAUGAUUCAAAAUUGCUUGGCUUCUUUGCCUGAUGAUUUGCCUCAUUCAGAAGCAGGGAUCAGAGUAAAAACUGAACCAAUGGAUGCUGAUGAUAGCAACAAUUGUUCUGGACAGAAUGAACAACAAAGAGAAAAUUCAGGUCAUAGGAGAGAUCAGAUUAUAGAGAAAGAUGCUGCCUUAUGUGUCCUAAUUGAUGAAAUGAAUGAAAGGCCAUGAAGGAUGUUUCUUUUUCUUCUAGCUUUUCUUUUUUCCUUUCAGUAAAUAGCAUCACAUAUUAGUUAAUUUGCUCUUGGAGAGUCUUAAAAGAGAUAACUAUAAGUCAUGUAAAUGGCUUGACUCUCCAACCUCAUUAAUGAUGAGAUGUCAUAGGCGGUAAUUUCACUUUAUGGCAAGCAUAGGCAAAUGAGUGUGCCUACAUUAAGAGUAAUCACCUUAAAAAGGAAAAUGUUUGCUGCUUUUGUGUGGAACCUUCUGUUUUUGGAGUUGCAGUAAACAUUGAAGAUGUCCUCAGUAAUAGCAAACCUUGUAAAGUAGAUUUGUCAUUUGCUUUAAGAAUGAUAGAUAAAUAAAGAAUAUCAAGCUGUAUAAAUGUGAAAUUAUGAAAUCUUUUGACUUUCACUUAAAAAUUUGCUUAAUCUCUAAAGUAGUGUAGCACGUUAAAAGAGAGGAAUCCCGUAGUUAUAAAACAGCAAUUUUAACUCUUGACUCCUCCUGUAAACAUACUAUGUCAGCCUCUUGUCCCUAUUCUGGAUGGGUCCCAUAACUUUUUUCUAGUCACUCAGAUAGUAAGUCCUUGGGUCACUUUUAGUUACAAACAUUCAUUUUAGUAAUUAAAAUGUCUAUGUAAUUAGCUAUACAUUUCCUUUUAAGCUGAACUCAGACUUGCUUAAGGUUGGAAGGCUGCAGUGGGAAGGGAGUCUGGUGGCAGAGACUGUGAGAUGUGCACUGGAGAUUCUUGCUCCCCUGGGAUAUGUUGCUGAGAUAAUGGCUGCAUUGCCAGGGACUACAUUUCCCCACUCUGCUUGCAUCUUUGUAAGGCCAUGUGACUAAAUUCUUAGCCAUGGAAUAUGGGUAUAAAAAUCCAGGCCUGCCUCAAAAAUUGCUUGCGUGACCCUCCAUUCUCUUAUCUGGUUGGAUGGCCACACCCAGGAUAACUUUGGAAGCCGCUUGAAGAUGGUAAAGGUGCAGGCAGUUUGGGUUCUGGAAUGACUGAGGACUAGGCCCUCCUUUUAUUAACUCCACCGCCCACCCCUACCCCAGAUGUUAUGACUUUAUCUGAGCACGAAGUCAACUUGUUUUGAGCACUGAAAUUUUAUUCUGCACUUACUAUUUUGCCCUCCAACUUCUCUUCAACCAAGGUCGUGGUGGAGAGUCUGCUUUAUAUCUGAGGUUCUCUGCUGGCCUUUUAAUGUAGGCCAGUGGUUCUCAAAGUGUAGUCCUGGGCCAGCAGCAUUAGCAUCACUGGGGGGCUUGUUAGAAAUGCAAAUUCUUAGGCCUCAUCCCAGACCUACUACAAACUCUAGGGCUGGGGCCCAACAAGAGUAGUUUAAGAAGCUCUCAGGGGUUUCUGUUGUACGCUCAAGAUUAAGAAUCACUGAUAAAGGUAAUGCCUUUUCCCAGGUGUCCACUUUUGAGUCUUCCUUCAGUCCCUGGUUUCCAGUAUACCAUCCUUUGCCUAGAGCUAGCAAAGUGCAGUUUAAAGUGGCCACAGGCCAAUUCUGUAUGAAACAUUCACGCAUCCUUUUUGAAAAACAUGAUAGGAAUGUAGGCUGUUCCCAAGUAAACACCUCUCUAUUAGACAGGCAGCUACUUGGCCAGUCUUGCUUGUUUUUUUCUGGUACGUAUUUGGUAUAGAUCUUUGGGGUCCUGAGACUCCAGAGGACACAGUCCAGGCUCUAUUAAGCUUAAAUUGAAGGGGAAGGAGAACCUCAUCAUACCCUCUUGGGGAGCAAGCUGGACAUUGCAUAACACUUGAGCAACUCUCCAAAGAGAUCUCUUCCCUUCUUCUUGACCUAACCGUUUUAUAAUCUUGAAGAGAGUGUGGGCUUAGAGGUACAAAACCAAUUUUUGGCUGCUUUGCAAAUUCUUGCAUGGAAAUAACUAAUCCAAUAACGUUAUAGCACUGUUAGGAGUCACAACAUCAUUUGUUUAUGAAUUUGUGUGUGUGUGUGUUGGGGGAAGAAGGAUGAAGGGGCUAAAAUUUGUUGAGGAAUCUUAAAUUCUGACUUUGGGAGGAUUUGAUUUUGUGGGUCUGUGGGUGGGAACUGACAAAAAAACUUGUUAAAAACAGUUGUGAUGUGAACUGCUAUUACAAUGGGAUGAAGGAGCUCCGGGGGUCUGAUAGUUGUUACAUGUUUAAAAGUUUAUAUAAAGUCUUUCAGUCUUGUGAGGAUUAAAAUACAUGUCUGCA